AUGUUGAGAUUUUUGUUCGCCGGCCUUGCGCUGGCCAGUGUGCAGAUGCCACAAGAUGAAUUUGAUGAUGAAUGUGACUCGGACACCUCAGGCUGUGCUCUGAAUGUCCUGCAGCAAGGUGCUUCAAAAAAAUCCCAAAUUGCUCACUCCGAACAGCCAACUGGGGUGAAAACCAGUGCAUAUGUGCGUCCCAAGAAUCACUUGGAUCUGGGGGCGAGCCAAUUCAUUCCCAACGAGAAGUGCCCACAUCCACCAUGCAGUGGACAGGUCCAUAUCCAGCUUGGAGCCCCUGGAGAGAUGGUGGUCUCCUUCGUCUCCCAGCCCGAGUCUGACACGGCCUCACGGGUGCGUUAUGGCCGUUUCGAAGGCCAUGCAACCUUCGACUUGGAGGCGGUGGGAAAGGCGGAGACCUACUCGCAGCUGAUGUUUUGGAAUGCCAUGCUGUGGGAUCCUCCGCUGAAAGGAGGCUUUGGGCUGGACCAGACCAUCGUGGCCCGGGAUAUGAGCACCGACACCUGGGCCUAUGACCCCAAGACUGGCUGGAAAUAUCCAUCCUGGAGAGAGAUUGGGGUGCAGCAGGUGGAAGGGAACAAGAUGGGAUGGUACAAGAACCCCUUGGAACGCUAUGACUCCCCCAAGGUGCACACCGUGGUGCUCACAGGUUUGAAAGAAGGAGAAACUUACACCUAUCAGGUGGAGAAUGAUGAUCGAAGCUUCACAUUCACAUAUCCAAUGUACAAGUAUCCCUAUCAUGUAGGCCUGGUAGGUGAUAUUGGCCAGACGCCAGUGUCCAAUUCAUCAAUGCACUUGUUGAGCGGCUUGAAACCUGACGUAGUCCUUUUGACUGGAGAUCUCUCCUAUGCCGAUGGCUACUACCCGCGUUGGGAUUCCUUCGGCAUCAUGUUCGAGACCCUGGGAUCGCAGGUCCCCGUGAUGACAGUUCCAGGGAACCAUGAGUAUGGCUCCGCCGAAGCCUUCAAGAGCUACAAUGUCCGCUAUCCCAUGCCGUAUCUUCAAUCAGGGUCCUCGGACCCCAACUAUUGGAGCUUGGACAUCGGACCGAUGCAUGUCGUGGGACUGAAUUCUUAUGCCAGUGCCAAAGCAGGGAGCUAUCAAUACAGGUGGUUGCUUCAGGAUUUGAAAAGUUUUGAUCGGAAAAAGACGCCCUGGCUGGUGGCGAUGAUGCACGCACCUUGGUACAACUCCAAUCUGGGACAUUAUGGUGAAGCCAAGGUGAUGAUGGAGCACCUGGAGGAUAUCUUCUUCGAGCACGGCGUGAAUCUGGUCCUGGCCGGCCAUGUGCAUUCCUUCGAGCGUACCUGGCCCGCCUAUAGGAACGAGACCAAUGCCUGUGGCCCAAGCUACAUCAACAUAGGUGAUGGCGGGAACCGGGAAGGACCCUACGCCCAUUGGCUCCCCUUUGAGAAUCCCCACAAGGCCUGGUCCGCCUUUCGACAAGGUGCCUUUGGCAUUGGUGACCUGAAGAUUAUGAAUGAAACACAUGCUUUUUUCACCUGGAGGCGCAAUGCCUGCUUCGACAAUGGUGAAGCGAACUUUGAUGCCACCAACUGCUCAAGUACAGGAGAUAAUUCCAGAAACUCCUUGAAAGCUGAUGACAUCGCUUGGAUUGUGAGAGGUGUUGGAAAGUGCCAGAAUCAGUGA